UAGAGACAGGGGACGUCAGCUGCGUUAGAUUUCAUGAAGUGUUUGUUUACGUUGCUCAGUUUAAACUGAGGUUUAAUCGCUGAUUUUAAAGCCCAGAUUAACAAACACGGUUUCUUUUUCGUUCUAUGGAUUUUCUGCAGUUUCUAUCAUGGUCCUGCAUCGUGUUUACGGUCGGAAUGUUCUCCACGGGACUGACCGACCUGAAGAAAAUGAGAGCCUCUCAGAGUGCAGAUAACGUCCAGUUCCUGCCCUUUCUUACCACAUGCUUAAAUAAUCUGGGUUGGCUGUAUUAUGGUGUACUGAAACGGGAUGGGACAUUGUUACUUGUUAAUACCAUCGGAGCCUCCCUGCAGAUCCUGUACAUCUUCGCCUACUUCCAUUAUGCCAAAGAAAGGAGGCGAGAGUUUCUGCAGACGCUGGCCAUGGGAUGUGUUCUCUGUGUGGCCUGGGUUUAUUUCAGCAGGAUUCUUCCACCUGGAGAAACGCAGCUUUCGCAUCUCGGCCUCUUCUGCAGUGUCUUCACCGUCAGCAUGUACCUGUCGCCUCUCGCCGACCUGUUGGAGAUUGUGCGCACUCGUUCAGUCGAGCGGUUGUCCUUCUCCCUCACUGUGGCUACCUUCCUCACUUCAGCCUCCUGGACACUGUAUGGCCUUCAACUGAACGAUUAUUACAUUAUGGUGCCCAACACUCCAGGCAUCAUAACUAGCCUCAUCCGAUUCUUCCUGUUCCGGCAGUUCGGAGCCGUCAGUCAAGAGAAGCCAUCCUAUAAACUCAUCCAGACCUGAGAAAAUCUGAUUAAGUCACAAAGUGCCUACCCCUUGGUUCCUGCCCUGAUAUAAACCAUUUUCAAACUUCUUCUGCCCCAAUUUGGGCUUUUAAAUUAAUCAAGACUGUCCAUAUACUCAACCGGAAUUUCAACCGCAUAUGAGGUAUGCCACAAGGGGCCAAGGUUCCAUUGGCUUUCAUUUUGCCAUUUAGUCCAGCUGUUACUGCCACUUUCAAAGCCGCCACUGACAGAUGCCAGUUUCCACGCUUUCUACAUGUGUACACUUAAACAAAACCUACUAUUGUUCAAGUAGUCAGUUCCACACCAUCUAGAGAGCAGCCUGCUCCAUCCCUUGGCUCAUUGUCUCCUUGAAGGAGAAAAAAAAAGGAAAGCUGGGGUUAUGUGCAAAGCCAGCUUUUUGGCAGCAAGACCUGAAAUGUUAAGCUAUUUGUUAUGCAAACAGGUCAUGACUCAUG